AUGGCACGUACUAGUUCUACUGAUGGUAGCGAUAAUGAAAUGCAAGUAGACGGCGGUACUCGUACUAAAGAAAUGGAGGAACGUAAAGGGGAGCGUAUUACGGGUAACGCGGCGGAAUUAGCCCUUCUCAACACUGAUGACAAACAAUUGGAGGCUGGAGACAGCGGGAGAAGCAACGAGGGAAACGAAGAUGGUCAUUCAGGCAUGAAAGCAGCCGAAAGUCAUAGUGGGAGUUUGAACGAGGAUGCAGACAGGAAGACAGUUGGGGCUGCAGUCGAUAAUCGAGGCGGGCAUGCAGUCGAUAAUCAAGUCGUACAUGCAGUCGACAAUCAAGCCGAGAAUUUAAACGAGGAUUCAGGUGUCAAUUCAGACGAGAGUCCGACCAAGAAUCCAGACCCCAUGAAGGAAAAGAACAAGCGCGAUUCUGAUAUCUUACCUGUUGCCAUCGAUGAAGAGCAAGGUCACACCGAAAACCCAGAUCAGUCGCAACGAGGAUUAGCAUCAGAUUCAGGAUUACCUAGCCAGCCCAAUAAUCAUCCACCGAACAGCUUUAACGAUGACGGUAUUGGACAAUCCAAUCUACUGGAAGGACUUCCUGAUGAUCGUGGCGAAAGAAUGGUGGAUCAGGUACACGGUACCCGUAGGGACAAGCAAUUACUCCGUGAUUUAUUUGCAAAAAUCGGGGCACAGUUAGAAAUGACUAGGUAUCCUGAAAAUGGUCCUGACCUGAUAGAUCGUGUCAAUGCCCUUGAAGGCACACUGAAUAGCUUCGUUAAUGUUCAAGAAGAAUAUAUUAAACGUUUAGAAACCGCGCUGAAGCUUCAGCAAGAAAGAUGUGUAGAGUUGAAUGAGAAAAUGUACAAAGCAGAAAAUCAAUGCAGAGAUCUAGAAACCCAACUCAAUGUAACUAAAAAAAGCUUAUAUGAAAUCAGCCAGACACAUUCAAAUAGAGACACGAGAGACUAUCGUGGAGACGGCAAAGAGAUCAUAGCGGAGCUUCAGCAUAAAAGGGAAGAAGUAUUGUACUACAAGCAUGCAAUGGAAUCGACGAACGAAAGAUUUGCUCAGCAGUUACAAAUUAACGAAAAGAACCAGCAAAUUAUUAAUCAUUAUAGAUGUAAAUAUGAUUACGGAGUUGAAUCUGACAGUGAAAUUAUGUCGUUACGUCAGCUGAAGCAAGCAUUGGAGAAACAGCUCCGCGAGGCGCGUAAUAAUAGUAACUAUUACAAUCACGCAUAUCAGAACGAAAAAGCAGAACGCAGACAGUCGGAGGACUCGUUUCGUCGUGAAUUUCAACAGAUGCAACAAAGAGUUAAAGAAGCUGAGGGUAGAGCUUCCGAAUUGCAGAGAAAGAAUAACCUACUCAAGGAGGAAGCUACCAGUUAUCAAGCUGCUCUUGGCGAUACUACUAAUGUCAGAUGGGGCGAUAAUGAUAAGAAUUAUUCUGUCCAGCUUGGAAAGGACAUUCUUAAAUUGCAAAAUAGUCUAAAAGAGUUUACUCAAUUAAAAGGUAGGCAUAUUGCUAUUCAAGAACAAGGGAUUGCUGGGCUAUUGCAGAAAUAUGACUGUCGACUAGAGCCUCCAACGAAGUUAAUCGUCAGCGCUGCACUACAAAGGUAUAUUAUUGAGAAAGUGUUGAGACAUAUAAAAAAUUAUUUCAACAAAAGUAUCGAGGAUUUGAAUGUGAAAAGUAAUAAGGAUCUUGAAUUAUACACUAAGGCUGAUCUAAACUAUUUCUUGGAAGCACUUAUCUUGAAUUCGACAUUGAGUUUGGAGAGUUAUAUAAAAGAGUUUGCUGAGAAGCGCAAAGGAGAGGAUGAAUUGACACGUAUGACGGGAGUGAAGAUAUGUCAACAAGUAUAUGCUGUACUUGGCAAUCGCAGUUUCGCGGUCAAUGAUCAUACAUUUUUAGUAAACGUAGUUAAUUCUGUAUUGAAUGAUCUCGACAAAUGUCGUCAGAUUAAGGAUGAAUCAAAAAGGAAAGAUAUCGAAGAUUUAGCUCAGUCUGUCGUUCUUGAGAUUAUUCGUAUAUUUUAUUUCAGGUUCCGGACUCAAGUCCCGGUUGUCGAGUAUAAAUUUUACCAGAGUGGAGACAAGUUUGAUUCUGCUACAAUGGAGUGUGCGCAAGAUGAUGACGGAGAGGAUGACAAGCAAGUUGUUGAGAUAUGUUCGUUCCCACUAGUCGGGGUGAAUAUUUCGGAUAAGAAGAAGAGGCAGAUCUUCAACAAAGCGAAAGUCCAACUGAGGCCAGGUCCUUCUUCCAGUAGGUGGGGAAUUUUUUCAUAA